AUACUUUUCAGUUUUGUCACUCAGGAAAAUUCGAGAAUUCUUAACACUGUCCAUUGCGACGGCUGAAGGAGAAACAUAAGUCGUUCCCUUUCCGAGAAUCGGCGGCAGGUAACCGCAUAGUCAUUUGAUCGAUACGUGAGCCAUGGUGGGACGACGAGUGGUGUCCAAACCCAGCCGGAGCGACGAGAUUUUAGAUCCCGAUCAGCAGCUUCAGAUCGCCGGCCAAGUCAGAGCUCAAUUCGACGCCCUUGCCCCCAAAAGACCCGCCAAACCUAACCGGAGCGAGCCCGAUUCAACACUCCCAAUGCCGGCCGGAGACAUCCCUAUUCCUGAACUUGAAAAGCUCCAAUCCCUCCAAUCGCAAGGCGUAUUUUCAGAAACUGAUAAAGCGGAGCAGGAGGAAUUCGUAGAGACUCACUAUUACGAUGAACUGGUUUCUAUUGACAAGCUGCAUCAUACGACGGGAACUGGGUUCAUAAAGGUGGUGAGGGAGGGUGAUGAAAAUGGAUUCGGGUUUCAGUUGAACAACGGCCAAGAAAACGGCAGCAAUGGAUUCAAAGCUGCAGUGUUCAAGAGUAAUCCUGCAACUAAUGAUUGGAUUCCCAGCGUUGAAGAUCAGGUUCAGUUUUCUUCUUCCAAGCCAAAUCGGAGCGAGGGUGACUAGAUCGCCGGGCGGCUAUGAGUGUACUCUAGGGUGAAUCAGAUUAUUGUGCCAUCUAGCAGAGAAUUUAAAAAAAAAAAAAAAAAAAGUGAAUAAAAAGUGAGAGAUUUGCUUUAAUAUUUAGUACUUAGAUAUGAGUUGGAAUCCCAGCAUUCUCAUUCCUGAUCUGUGGCACCAAAUGGUCUACUUAUAAUGUCGUGUAGGUUAUGUUGUUUGUUGUGAUUGUGUGUGUACAAUGAAAGCUAAUGGUUAUCAAUGAAAUGUGUCUUAGACCCCAGCGUAUUUAUUUGUAGGUUGUUCUACAAUGGUGUCAGCUCAUUAUUAUCUAUGUAAUUAUAUUCUAUUGGAUAUUUCAAAA